AUGGAGUCAUGGAAAACUCAGUGUGUUAUACCUAUACUGAAACCAGAUAAACUGGAUGAUGAUCCUAAUUCAUAUAGACCUAUCUCUUUAGCCUCUUGUAUGGGAAAGUUAUUAUAUGAAUGUAAAUAUGAAGCAUUAAUAUGUAAACUAAAUGUAGAUACUAGUUUUAUUCUAGAUGAAAGAGAUUUUAAAGAAUAUUGUUCUAAUAAGACUAAUACUUUAUAUUUGUACACCGAUGGGUCAAAGUCUUUGAAUUCUGUAAAGUCUGGUUAUUAUGACCCUCAAAAUAAGACAACUAAAUGUUUUAAGUUGGAUCAAAAUUGUAGUAUUAAUACAGCAGAAGCAUAUGCAAUUUAUCAAACUCUUAUUUACAUCCAAAACUUGAAUAAUAUUGAACAAUACAAUGAAAUAAUAAUAGUUUCUGAUUCUAAAAUGUAUAAGAUUAGAAAUAUUGUAUAUAAUCUCAAUGUCAAUGUGAUUUUUAAAUGGGUACCGUCUCACAGAGGUAUCAAAGGCAAUGAAGUGGUUGACAAAAUAGUCAAUUCGAAUCACGAUGACGAUCAUAGAGACAUAUGCAAGAUUCCUUUUACUGACCUAUACAUGAAUUUAAAGAACAAUAAAAGACAACUAUGGAAUGAAUAUUACAAGGAUAUUUCGAAAAGUAAAGGAAGAUGGUAUGCAGAGAUACAAAAAGAACUUCCAAUCAAACCAUGGUCUCAUAACCAUAAGGACGCCAAUGAGCGAAAAUACAUAACUAUAAUAAAUCGCCUGAGAUUUGGACACUGCCAAACACCUGCCCAUUUACAUCGUAUGAAGAUAAUUGACAAUAACAUAAAAAUAACAAAUGCACUUAUUGUGAAGCUGAUGAAGCAGCACGAAAUUUCCUAA